AUGUCUGAUUCACCGGAUCCAGCACAAAAAUUCUCUCGAAGUCAGAGUGCUAUUUCUGGUGGGUAUCGCCGUGAUGCACGAAGUAGAUACAAUGAAUAUUUGAAGAAAUUAGAAGAGAAAACUCAACUAUCGAAAGCAUAUAAUAGUGAACAAAAAUCCAAAGACGAUCUUUUAAAACAGCGUGAGAAUGGCUUUCAAUUAUAUAUCAACGGAGUUCAUCACACGCCACCUGCACGCUCGUCAUCUGCUACGCGUAACCGAAAUGACAGUUCAUUCCGUCGCACACAAACUCCUGCACUGUCACAUACAACUAUAAACCGUCGUCGAUGGAUGCCGCCAAUACAAACAAAGAUCAAAACAGACCACGGCUCAGUAAUUACUGACAUUCAUCAUCAAAUCAUGAAUUCAAAUCACCGUAGUAAACAAUCCGUAAAUAAUCAACUUACAUACCGCUUAGUAUAUUCACCGAGUGUCGAUCAAAGUUGGAUGCCCGAUUGGUUUCGGAAUAUGACAUCAAAUUCCAGCGAACAAAAUCCCGAUGUAAAACAAAGUUUUUCUUUGCCUUUUGAUAAUAUAUCAACAGUAGGAUUAACCAGUUCUCAACAGCAAACUUAUCGCCUUUCAACACCGGUAGGAGCACGACUUGCUGGUGGAGACUUAACAAAGAAUGCCAGUAGCACUCAGGCAACGAAUCAGCCAUUGUUUGUCACUGGAACGAGGCGAACAUCGAAAACGGUGGACAGUCUUGAUCUUGAAAAUGUUCUUCAUCCAAAAGAAGUUCACAUUGAUUCGGAGGUUGAAGAGAAAAAAUCAUCUCACGCAUCGAACAAACGAAGUCCAUUCGCCGAAGCUACUUUUAAUGAUCGUCAAACAGAUCGGCUAGAAAAGUCAAUGACCCAACUAGAGCUGUUUAGCCGAAAGCAUCGUGGAACGCUUGAAAGUGAAAAAAUUGAGGAAUACUUCUCCAGCGGAAGCCCUAAAACUGAAAAUGACAACGAUGAAGAACAAUUUACUAUUCCUGAACUUCCAGUUGGUGAACAAUUAGUAUUCAAUUUGAAAACAACAUGGGGUGACCGUCAUUAUGUUGGAUUAAACGGAAUUGAACUCUUUUCUGGUGAAGGCCAUCCAAUACUCAUUAAGAAGAUCACAGCAGAUCCGCCCGAUAUAAAUAUUUUACCCGAAUACGGCAAUGAUCCCCGUGUGGUGACAAAUUUAGUUGAUGGAGUCAACAAAACUCGGGAUGAUAUUCAUAUGUGGCUCGCACCAUUCACCAGUGGCCGACCGCAUUUCAUCUGUAUUACACUUGAACAUCCAACGAAGAUUGCAAUGAUUAGAAUUUGGAACUAUAAUAAAAAUCGAAUACAUUCAGCACGUGGUGCAAAAGACGUAGAAAUUGCGUUGGAUGGUCGUGCGAUUUUUAAAGGAGAAAUAACUCAAGCCUGUGGAAAUAUCAACGCUAGUAAUGACCCAUCCGCGUACGGCGAAACGAUUUUAUUCACUACGGACGAGAGAAUUUUGGAGAAUAUUUCGAACUAUGAUGAAAUGUAUAUCGAUCAAGAAGCUGCACAGGAGGAUGAUGAGAACAUGAAAACAGCCGCAAAUCGUCCUCCGAGUCCAGGAACUGAUGUUCGACCUAUGACACGUGCUAUGCUACGAAGACCAUUUACUGCUAUGCGUUCAUCAGCUGCAAGUCAAGUACCAGAAUAUUAUGGCAAAAAAUUAAUUCUAACAGUAACUGAAACAUGGGGUGAUCCAGACUAUUGUGGUUUAACCGGACUUGAAGUUGUUGACAUUAACGAUGCUGACUGUGUCAUUCAAUCAUUCGAUGCUCGUCCACGCGAUGUGACUGUCCUUUCAACCUAUGAAAAUGCAGUUCAAAGACUCGAGAAUUUAUUCGACAGCGAGAAUGUGACAUGCAAUCCUAAUCAUAUGUGGCUAUGUCCGUUUAAUAGGAAAGACCGGGUACGUAUCGUGAUUACAUUGAGUGUAUCGAAGAAAUUACAUGGCUUACGUAUAUGGAAUUACAAUGAAUCAUCGGAUGAUACUUAUCGAGGAAUAAAACGUCUACAUGUACAAUUGAAUGAUAAAAUUAUCUCGCCAAGACAAGGAUUUUUGCUACGACGUGCACCUGGCCAUUGCUUUUUUGAUUUCGUUCAAGAAAUUGUCUUCGCUCAUGCAAAAACAAUGAUUCCAGAGCAACAGAAACAAGCAAAACAAGCAGCAGCCAGUCUUCAGAAUGCCGAUUCAGAUGUAUCGAUGCCGAAUGGAUUCAUUUACGAAUUUCAAUUUCAUUCAACACACGGUGACGCAUAUUAUAUCGGUUUAAAUGGCAUUGAAUUCUAUGAUGACAAUGGUGAAUGUAUUGGUCUCACACAACAAAAUAUUGCGGCAUAUCCUCAUAGUGUCAAUGCACUCAAUCCAGGUACAGACGAUGAUGUACGUACACCGGAUAAAUUAAUUGAUGGAGAAAAUGAUGAUGUUAACGGUAGCCACUCUUGGAUCGCACCGAUUCUGCCGAAUAUAAUCAAUCGUGUGUUUGUUAUUUUCGAUCGGCCAACAUCUGUGUCUAUGAUUAAGAUAUGGAAUUAUGCGAAAACACCUAGUCGCGGUGUGCGCGAAUUCUCUUUACUUGUUGAUGAUCUACUCGUUUGGACUGGUAUACUCGAUAAGAUGAACGAUGACGAUGAUGGAAAAGCAUACCAUGUACCAUUCAAUACGAUUCUGUUUGCGGACGAGAGAAUUCUUACAGAACACGAAAAACAAACAGUUUUAGAAAAUAAAAAUGCAUUCGAUAAUGUUUCAUCUCCACCGGCAAGUCGUGAUGAAACUGUAGAUUAUUCUAAACGGCCGACAACGUCUCUUCCUCGAGCACAUCGAAAACCAGCGAAUAAAUAA